AUGCUAUCAAGAUGGGGAUGGAAGAAACUCCGAAUACCGCAUAAGUCUCCUUUGUCACGACAAGGAGGGUACCGUUUCUACAGAGCCUUAGCUAUUGAAUCAUCUUGCGAUGACUCAUGCGUUGCGCUUUUGGAAAGUGAUACUGACUCCAAAAUCACUAUCGUAGACCAUUCCAAAAGUACACUUAGUUCUUCCGCCGUGGGUGGAAUAAUCCCAACAGAGGCUCAUGCCUUCCACCAAUAUAAGCUCGCAAAUUUAGUAAGUGAGUUUCUCACCAAGAAUGCCAUAGAUAGCAAAAAUCCUCCAGAUAUAAUCAUGUGUACUCGAGGUCCUGGGUUGGUGGGUUCCUUAGCAGCAGGACUUCAAUUAGCAAAAGGACUAAGUAUUGCAUGGGGAAAACCAUUACUUGGAGUACAUCAUAUGCUUGGACACAUAAUGAUGGCCGUACAUGAUAGCAAAUCAUUACAGUUCCCAUUCCUUUCCCUUUUGGCAAGUGGAGGACAUACGAUGCUAGUGCUACUGCGCUCAGCCGUCGAUCAUGAAAUCAUUAUAGAUACAAUGGAUGUUGCAGUAGGUGUCAGUUUGGAUAAAUGUGGCAGGGAGUUGGGAAUAAGAGGCAAUAUGAUCGGCAAGGAACUUGAUCGUUAUGUUCAAAUGAUUUCUCCUCAAGAGAAGAUUGAAUUUGAUAAAUGGGAUAUCUCAAAGAGAAAGAACAACCCAUUUGAUUUCCAACUACAAUUACCUUUGAAACGCCCAGACCUUCCUCUGGUCCCCGAUACCAUUCAAUUUGCAUUUGCAGGUUUUCAAAGCUCUCUUCAACAUGUAAGAAAAGGUAAAGGUCCUUCCUUAGAAAACGAUAAUAACACCGAUAAGAAGUUCAUUGCCUAUAGGCUUCAAGAACUUGUAUUUGAUCAUAUUAUAGACCGUUUAAAUGUUGCGCUUAAGAAGCAUGGCACGAACUCCAAGGAAUAUGCGUUAUGUGAUUCCAAAUUCUCCGGAAUCAAUGAUUUAGUAGUAUCAGGGGGAGUAGCAGCCAAUUCUCGACUUCGAGAGAAAUUGAAUACUCAAUUAAAGUCGGAAAGAUAUCUUGGUAACAAUUUCAACAUCCAUAUACCUGACGUAGCAUUGUGUACCGACAAUGCAGUGAUGAUUGGCAUAGCAGGGAUUGAAUUCUUAAAGGCUUCAAACUUAGUUAAUGAUUUAAGCAUUCUUCCAAUACCAAAAUGGCCACUCAAUGAUAUAAUAAAUGUGGAUGGAUAUAUCUCGAGGUGA